UGGACGUGCGUGGAACCACAUGUGGGGCAGUGGCUGCAGCACCGCGUCCCAUCCCUGUCUCUGCAUCCCGGUACCCAGCCUGGCCGUGCCCACAGGGACAGUGUGGGCACAGGCGGGGGCUGAUCCCAGAGCUGUUCUUGGGGCCGUGGGUGCUCGCGCUGCUGCAGAGCGGGGAGGGGACCCGGCCACCCCCUCACACUGCGCCUUCGUGCGCGGGAGGAGAGGGAACGGCAGCGGGAAGGAGCCCGGGAACCUGUUGCCAUAACAACUGUGGGUCCCACAUGGGGAGCAGGAUGGGGACAGGGACGGUGCUCAGGGCCUGGCACAGGGUGGCCAAGAGAUCCCAGAUUCACACACACCCCCCCCCGCCUCUGCAGCACCUUCCCGGGGCUGUGCCCGCGUUAGCAGCCCGUGGCUCUGCUUGCACCACUCUGCAUGUGGGUGCAGACGGGGCCGUGCCGUGCCGUGCUGUGCCGUGCCGUGCCGGGCGGCUGUUCCAUGGCACCGUGCCACCGGGGUAAAUAUUUUGCUGGAGCCACAGCUCCUGGCCCGCAGCCACCCACGGCCGUUGGAACACCGGGAGAUCAGGAGCCAGCGCCCGGCACCCCCCUUCCUCCUCGCUCCGGUUUCCUCCACGCUCACGGCACCGCCCGGCCCCGCUGUCCCGUGUACGACGUGAAACACCAUGCACCGAGCACGGGAACGGCGGGGACCUGGCUGGGGGCUGGAGCUGUGCCGGGGUGGGUGCGUCCCCGAUCCCAUGCCCCGGCCAAAGUCACCUGGGUUUUAUGAGCAGAGGAACCGGAGAGGGGUGGCUUUGGCAUCUUCUGCUUUUCCAGGAGAGCAGUUUGGGUUUGGGGGAAUUUUCCAUGGGGAAAACAACAGGGAUCUGGAGCGUGGCAUGGCAGCACAGUCCUCUGGUUCCGUGACAUCUCAGGACCACGGCUCAUGGUGGCGUGGGGACCCUCAGCACAAGGGCAAUAGGACAAUUUGGAAUGCCAUGUCCUGCUGUGCCCACAAGGUCUGUUCCUGCAGAUGUCCCCUGUGGGGCUGGCCAUGUCCCCCGGGUAGACUUUGUCCCAUAGUAGGAGUCCCCGUGCCAUGGGGCAGCCCCCCAAAGCUGUGCCUCACAGUGUCCCACCCAGCCAGGCCGCCCACGCUGCCCUCCAGCUUGCGGGGAAACUGAGGCACCAGGCACUGGGAUGCCCAUAACCACACACGGCCCCAUCCUGUCCCACACAGCCACUGCGGUGGGGCCCCCCCGGUGGGGAACGGGUUAAGGGGCCCGGCAGGCUCGAGCCCCCCUCCCGGGCUCCCUGAGGGCUCAUUAUCCACGGCCUCAGCCCCCCUGCCCGGGGGAUGAAUAAUGCAGCGCGCUGGUAGGAGCCGUGUCCUCCCUCCCUCUCCUUCCUCCUCCUCCUCCUCCUCCUCGCGGCUCUGCCUUCCCCACCUCCCUCCGCUCAGUCCUCACCGUGCUCAGCCCGGGCGCUGCCGAACUCCGCGUGGCACCGGGCAGCAGCGCAGACCCCGCAGCCAUGGACCCCAAGGACCGCAAGAAGAUCCAAUUCUCGGUGCCGGCUCCCCCCAGCCAGCUGGACCCCCGCGCCGUGGAGAUGAUCCGCCGGCGGAGGCCCACGCCUGCCAUGCUGUUCCAGCUCUCCGAGCACUCAUCCCCAGAUGUAGAGGACGAGUCCCUGCCCUACCAGCGAGCCUCCGGCGAGGGCUGUCUGCUGAAACCAAAGAGGAACAACCCGUGUGCCUACACACCACCCUCGCUCAAAGCGGUGCAGCGCAUCGUGCAGUCCCACCUGGAGAGCGGCCUGGCUGGGGGGGACAGCUCUGACGGAGAGCCUGAUGAUGGGGACCCUGAGCUGGCCCGCGCCUGCGACCCAGACAGCGCCCUCGAGCCUGAAGCCCUGGGGAGCCAGGCCAGAGUUGAGCGGAGCAUCUUCCCUGCCACCAAGGCACACAAGAGGAAAGGGGGGCAGAAGGUGUCCUUCGCGGGAGGCAUUGCCGAGCGCAGUGAGGACCUGAAGGCACUGACGGUGUCCGACAUCCCCGAAGACCCUGAGGACCCCGAGGACCCCGAGGGGGGUGAAGGCAACGAGGAGGAGCCGGAGGACGGCAGCGAGCACAGCGAGGAGCGGCGGCAUGUGGGCCUGGCGGGCACGGAGCGCCGCCGCUCACCGGUCCCGCUGGGCACCAGCUAGCCGGGCCGCGGCCUGGCCGGGACCCCCACGGCCUGCCCCACGUCAUCGCCGCUUCGCCCGCAGCCCCACCGCCCCCCGGCCCCGCUCGGAGCCUGCGCUUCGCGUGUGUCCCCGCAUGGCUCCCGGCCUGGUUGGCGCGGGACCGCGGCCCCACACUGCUCCCACACCGUGGGGGCUGGCAGUGGGGCUGGGGUCCCACGGCCGGGGCCUGCCCCGUGCCCCCCGCAUGCAGCAAUGCCCGCGCUGCGCUCCAAUAAACAGCUGUACAGAG